AUGUCGCCAACCUACCAUCACUUUCUGAGCCGUUUGCACUUUCAACGCAACUUCCCACCCACCAGUGAAGAAACACCGUCGGUCAAUAUGCCAGACUCAUCAGACGAAUCAGGCCCCGAUGGCGUCGGCCUUGUUCAGAAUGACGCUUCCGACAGGGAGUCCUUGGGCAGCGAAUCUGGGACAGAAGCCGGCGACGACAACGGCCAGGGCUUCCUCGACGUCGAAGCUUCAGAAUCGGGAAACAGCGACUCUGACGACUCAUCAUCAGAUUCGGGCUCGGAAGAUGCCUCAAUUCUUGGCGAGUUUCGUCGCCGCGCUCCGCGGAUCUUUUUCCCGGAAUUUCGCAGACUUCCCAUCGAGCUUCGCCAUCGCAUUUGGCAGUACUUUUGCCCGGAUCUCGCUCCGUCACCGCGCGUCUUCUCCUUCCAGGUGUUGCCCAACCCAAAGCAAGACAGCAUCUGGGAAAGCGCGACUUUGGAGAAUCAAAUUGCGUCGGUGAAUGCGAUGCUGCGCGUUCACCACGAAUCUCGAGAAAUCGCUCUCAAGGCAUUCCCAGACACCCUGGCCAUCCGGGAGGGCCGGCGCAUCGUUCGUUUCAACAAAGAACGAGACGUCGUUCACCUCAAUGGCGUGAAGCGUGUCUGGAGCCACAACGCCAGCAUUCCCGGCUUCUCUGAAAAUGUUGUCAACCUUGCCAUGGACGGAUCUGGCCUAGACGCCAAUGAGAUCCGGCUCCUCGUGGCUUUUCCUAAUCUCAAAAACCUAUUUGAUUUCCAGUUCCACAACGACAGACGCAUACCGCAUAGGCUGCGAUGGUGCGCGUCGGAUCAAAUUCACAGCUACGAGAUUCAGCAACUGCAAAAGGAUAUGCGCGUCGGCGAGGAUCUGCACUUUGUGUACUGUUGGCCGGACGUCAAGCAGCAUCUCGAAUUCGCGCAAAAGAGGCUGUCCAAGGAUGAGGUGUGGGUCGAUAUCUUUACAGAGUUACUCGAGAUGGUAGAGGAGAAUUCCCUCUACAUGAACCCGGAUGAAGUUGCGCGCCUGGAAGAAAUCAGCUAUUGGCCAAUGACGUGUUUCGGUUGGGAUGCGGCGGAUCGUUUCGAAGCCUUUCGGGCGAAACAUGGGGUUAGCGAUGGAGACGGGCCCGCUGCCGACGAUUCGGAAGACGAAGACAAAGAUGGAUCAGAAGAUGACUCCGAAGAUGACUCAGACCAGAACGAGUAUGAGAGCGAGGGCAUUGAUGAUGGGAGCAUUCACGAGGAGUCCGCAGAUGAAGACGAGGACGAUUUGCUUGUCGACACCCAGCAAGCGAGCGAUGAUGAAGAGGGUGGAGGCGGGGUGUCGGACUUUGGCGGAUUCUCUCCUCUUGCAGACGAGGACAGCACGCUGUUUGAUGGCAACGGCCCAACGCAUCCCACAGCUCAUUGGUCUAGCCCCGAACCGGAAUCUGGCGACGAUCAACAACCACGCGGAGGCAGGAGGAGAAGGCGAGUCGCGUCAUCCGACGAGGACGAGGAAUCGGGAGAUGAGGAAGAGGCAGAGGAUUCGGGCCGCAGCACAAGUCGACGCGGUCCCAUAGUCCUUUCCGACGAGGAAGAUGAAGCGGAAGAUGAGGCGGAGGAGAAACCGUCUCAAUCCACAACCCGCCGAGGCCGCGUUGUUCUGUCAGACGACGAUGAUGAAGUAGAAGAGGAGGCGGAGGAAGCACCAAGACCUGCCGGUCGCCGUGCACGAGUCCUUCCUUCUGACGACGAGGACGAAGACGACGAUGAAGGCGGGGCCGACAUUGCUAAUAAGGAGGAGACGCGGGAAGGCUCAGACUCGGAGGACGAAGAUGCAGGAGCGAAAAAGCCACUAUCUCUGGCCGAGAAGCUCGCCCGCAACCGUCGCGACAACCCGGUAUCUGAAGACGACGAGGAGUCUGAAGAGGAGAGCUCCGAGUCUGAGGAGGAAGCGCCGCCCAAGGCAAUGUCUCUUGCGCAGAAGCUCAUGACGCACCGCAGACGGAACCCGGUUGCGUCCGAGUCGGAGGACGAGGACGAAGGCAGCGUCGUCGGCAGCGACGAUGAUCUCGAAGACGAGGAGGAUGAGGAUGAAGAAGAUGACGAGAAUGGCAUGUUUAUGAACUUGGCGGACGAGGGCGAAUCUGGUGAUGAGGAAGGGAAUGAGGAUGAAUACUAG